AUGAAACCGGAAACUUUAGCCAAGAAAAUAAUAGAAGCUAUCGAAACGGAAUCACCAACUGUUAUAACUUUCAACGGUAAAAUAAUCAACAUAACUAAAAAACUUAUUGAUAAAUACAAAUAUUGUAAAGUCAGAGACGAUAUAUACUUGGAAAGAAUUGACGCAAACGCAAAAGAAGGUGGAUUUUUACCUCUCCUACCUUUGAUAUUUGGUGGCAUUGCAGCGGCGGGUGCAGCAACUGGUGGAAUAUCUUCCGCAGUCAAAGCUGCCAACGAAAAGAAAGCCGCUGAAGAACGGAGACAUAAUUUAAUAAUGGAAAAGGAAGCAAAAGGUUCGGGAGUAGCAGAUAUAUUAGGAACGGUUAAAGAAUUCGGAAAACGAUUUGGGGAAGAAACCAAGAAAACCUAUAAACAAGGAUGA